AUGCCUGCCCCCUCGUGGGGUGGCCGUGACAUCUUCAGACCUCGUCCGCGUUCGCUCUAUUCGAGUGGCUCUGCUGUCAGCGGCUCUUUCAGCCUGCGUGAGCAGCUGCACCGCGGCGGUGCUGACUACUUCAACGUCAAGGAUGUCCGCGGCAGUUCGCCAGCUGCGAGCUUGGCGGCCGACCUGUCGCAGAACUUCCGUCUUGACAAUGAAGCAAGCCCUCAGUUCCCUACACCUCGGAGGGCGCUCUUCACGGCCAACGUCAUGGCCGGCAUGGAACACAGACAAUUCGUUACCACGCCUCCCUUGCCCUCCUCUUCGCCGGGUCCAGCUCCCCUGACCGAACUGAUGGAGGUGUCGCCCCUGCCGCAUAAGACGCCGUUUGCCUCCACACAAAUCGAGAUCACAUCUCCAACGCCCAUCUCUACACCUACCGUUGACGACGAUGACAAUGAUGAUGAGAUGAUGCUCGACUCUCCAGCUCCAAUUACACGUCAAGGCUCCUUGGAGCCGCCCAAACCUCUGGUGGCUGAUCGCAAGAUCGCGGCUCCACGACGACCAUCUCUUAGCCGAAUGAAAGGACUAACUACCAGCGCCAUCCCUGGAAGAGCACAGGCCGAAACUCAACUUCCAUCGUUCCAUUUUGGGGCUGACACGAGCAUGAGCUACUCGACAUCGAACCUCUCUCUUGGAGAGUGCUUCGAGACCACGUCUCCUCCCCAGGACCGCAGGCCAAACUCGGCAAACAGCCUAUGCGCCUCGAUAGCAAUGGGCAAUCGCCCUCGCCCGCUGUUCACGGGUGUGACAGGAGCUACGGGCCACCGCAAUGGAUCACCAAUGAACAACCACUCAAGGCGGCAAUCGAACCCGUUUUUGAGAAACCGGAAACAGUUUCGCCGAUCUCUCAGCAUGUUCGAGCAUCCCGCUGAGCUGAUGAAGGGCAAGUCCGAUGGCGAAGAGGCCAAUGUCUCUUCGCUGAAGUCGGUGAUGGACAUCGAGGAGUCCCACGAGCCAGUAUUGCCUCACUUUCUCCCAGACGACCCAACGGAUACGAUCCCGCGCAUCUCAAAGGAGACGUUUUUGGAAGUCUUGGAUGGGAAAUAUGCCGAACAAUUUGACCAGAAGAUGGUCAUUGACUGUCGCUUCGAGUACGAAUAUGAGGGCGGCCAUAUCGACGGAGCAGUCAACCACAACGACAAGGAGCUGCUUGCGUCACAGCUCUUUCAGACGCCCAUGGAUGGCCGGACACUCCUCGUCUUCCACUGCGAGUACUCAGCUCAUCGGGCUCCUCUCAUGGCACGUCAUAUUCGUUCCGAGGACCGCACUGUCAAUGCCGAGCACUAUCCACGUCUGACCUAUCCAGAGGUCUACAUUCUCGACGGCGGUUACAGCGGAUUCUUCGCCGACUUCCGAAGCCGGUGCUAUCCCCCGGAAUAUGUUGAGAUGAACGACGAAAAGCAUCAACGCACCUGCGAGCGCGAAAUGGGCCGCCUGAAGGCUCGCAAGGGUCUUGGCCGUGCGCAAACGUUCGCAUUCGGACAGAGGGACCCUUCUGUUAACGACUCUCCCACGGCCCCCAGCCGCCCGGCAUCUCGCAUCGCCUCUAUCCCCACCCUUGGACAUUCGCCGAUGCCCAACAACGAACGAUCACCCGCACGCCGCAUGGCGUCUUACUAG